CCGCGUGGGCUGGGCCGGGGGCUUCCCGCCGCCCCGGAGUCUAAGGCCGUGGCGUCUCCCCCGCGAGGCUCAGUUUCGACCUCGUUUACUCAGCUGGGCGGUGUCAUCCCUCUUUAACUGCUGACUCCCUACUUGUCACACAUCCAGUUCGGACCUUUUUUAUCUUCAGCCCCGCAGAGCCUAACUGCUUGCUUGGCGUUUCCGCCUGGAUGUUUCUUCAAAGUCAUGCAGAAUAGUUCCUCAUCCUCCCCCGCCCCAAACCUGCUGGUGAACAUUGCUGCCCCGCUGGCCAAGCGUGGGAAUCAGUCUUGAUGACACUUCACAACUCAAGCCGGACGUGUUCAUAGUUCUGAAUAUCCAUCCUUAAAAAAAGACAAAAGGGCACUGGUGUUGUCCCGGUCUCAUUGCCAAAGCAAUUGCAGUAGCCGAGGUGCCAGCAGGUCACCUUGCCCCCUCAUUGCAGGCAGAGAGAUCUUUCCAGCUUACGAAUUUGAACGUAUAAAAGUCUUGCCUAAACCGCACAUGACUCAGGGCGUGGACAUGUCUGGUGUUUUCAUGGAAAUGGUGAAGGCCAGUGCCACCGUAGAUAUUGUUCAGAAGAAGUUGGUUUAUCUCUACAUGUGCACAUACGCUCCCCUGAAGCCAGAUCUGGCUCUCCUGGCCAUCAACACACUGUGCAAAGACUGUUCAGACCCCAACCCGAUGGUGCGUAGGCUGGCACUGCGGAGCAUGUGCAGCCUCAGUCCUAAUUUUGUUGCUAAAAUAGCACUUUUGUUUUCUUUUUUGGAUAGAAUGUCCAAACUGGACCAAUGGGGCCAGGCUGAAGUAUUGAACUUCCUGCUACGCUACCAGCCCCGCAGUGAGGAGGAGCUGUUUGACAUUCUCAAUCUGUUGGACAGCUUUCUCAAGAGCAGUAGCCCAAGCGUGGUGAUGGGAGCCGCCAAACUCUUUCUGAUCUUAGCAAAAAAGUUCCCCCACGUGCAAACGGAUGUGCUCAUGCAGGUGAAGGGACCCUUACUGGCUGCCUGCUCUUCGGAGAGCCGCGAGCUCUGUUUUGCUGCCCUCUGUCAUGUGCGCCAGAUCUUGCAUAGUUUGCCUGGUCACUUUAGCAGCCACUACAAGAAGUUCUUUUGCUCCUACUCGGAGCCCCACUAUAUCAAGCUGCAGAAGGUGGAGGUGCUGUGUGAGCUGGUGAACGACGAGAACGUGCAGCAGGUGCUUGAGGAGCUGCGAGGGUACUGCACCGACGUGUCUGCUGACUUCGCACAGGCGGCCAUCUUUGCCAUAGGUGGUAUUGCCAGGACCUACACAGAUCAGUGUGUGCAGAUUCUAACAGAGCUGCUGGAGCUUCGACAAGAGCACAUUACCACGGUGGUGGUGCAGACUUUCCGAGACCUGGUGUGGCUGUGUCCUCAGUGUACGGAAGCUGUGUGCCAGGCCCUGCCCGGCUGUGAGGAGAACAUUCAGGACAGUGAGGGGAAGCAGGCGCUCAUUUGGCUCCUCGGUGUCCAUGGGGAAAGAAUUCCCAAUGCUCCUUACGUGUUGGAAGACUUCGUAGAGAACGUGAAGUCGGAGACAUUUCCGGCUGUUAAGAUGGAGCUCCUCACGGCGCUGCUGCGCCUUUUCCUCUCACGGCCCGCUGAGUGCCAGGACACGCUGGGCCGCCUGCUGCAUUACUGCAUAGAGGAAGAAAAGGAUAUGGCAGUACGGGACCGUGGUCUCUUCUAUUAUCGCCUCCUCUUAGCUGGCAUUGAUGAAGUUAAGCGGAUCCUAUGUAGCCCUAAAUCUGACCCUUCUCUUGGACUUUUGGAGGAUCAGGCAGAAAGACCUGUGAAUAGCUGGGCCUUAGACUUCAACACGCUGGUGCCAGUAUAUGGCAAAGCCCGCUGGGCAACCAUCUCUAAAUGCCAGGGGGCCGAGCGUGGUGGCCUAGAGCUUCCCAACACUGCAUCCUUGGCCGCAUCAGGACCCCUGAUUCCUGAAGAGGACAAGGAGAGGGUACAAGAACUCUCUGAUUCUGGAGCCCUCAUGCUAGUCCCCAAUCUCCAGCUUACUGCUGAGUAUUUUGAGAAAACUUGGCUUAGCCUCCAAGUUGCUCAUCAGCAGGUGGUCCCUUGGCAGGGAGCAGUCCACCCAGACACCCUCCAGAUGGCCCUGCAAGUGGUGAACAUCCAGACCAUCGCAGUGAGCAGGGCUGGGGCUCAGCCAUGGAAAGCCUACCUCAGUGCUCAGGACGACACCGGUUGUCUGUUCUUAACAGAGCUGCUGUUGGAGCCUGAGAACUUAGAGAUGCAGAUCUCCGUGAAGCAGAGUGAGGCGAGGACGGAGACACUGAGCAGUUUCAUUUCUGUGUUAGAAACUGUGAUUGGAACAAUUGGAGACAUAAAACCGUAAGAGUUCUACUACCUGUCCUGAGUGAGAAGAAGAGCUCUCAGAGUUCCUUGAUUUUUCUUAUUGCAAAUGCUUGUAAGUCCAGAGAAUAUCAAAUGCGAAGGGGGUUGGGAAAUCUAGGAAUCAAGAUUUUUAUGUUUUUGUCCAAAGGCCAUCAAAUUAUUCCUCUCAGACUUGCUGUUGAAUGACCCCAUUUUUCCAGUUGCUGUUGUAAAGGGUAGUGGUGGUGAGGGGAUAGGAGUGGGAAUCAGGAUAGGGUGUGGAUUCUUUUCUACCCAGUUUAAGGGUGUUUUACUAAUUAAAGGGGCCUGAUGUGUGUGGAAA